UGACUAUACAUGCACAAGACACAGUCCAGUGAGGAAGACAGGACAUGCACAUGCAGAGCUCCAAUAUGGAGUUAAAUCUCAGCUGGGGAAUCUAGAAAUGGUCCCGGAAGGCAAGGGCGCGGAGCCAGACUGGAUGGUAUGAACCAGCCGAGGACCCGGGUAUGAGGAAGACCACAAGCAAAGAUCUGACGACAGAAUGAUGUGCAGCGCACACAGAUCCCUUCGAAGGCCCCAAUUACCACAUCGCUCCCAGAUGGGUGUACCACCUCACCAGCGCCUGGAUGGUCUUCGUGGUCAUCGCGUCCGUCUUCACUAAUGGGCUCGUACUGGCAGCCACCAUGAGAUUCAAGAAGCUCCGCCACCCUCUCAACUGGAUCCUGGUCAACUUGGCCAUCGCUGACCUGGUGGAGACCAUCAUCGCCAGCACCAUCAGCGUCGUGAACCAGAUGUAUGGCUACUUUGUGCUGGGCCACCCCCUUUGUGUCGUGGAGGGCUACACUGUCUCCUUGUGUGGGAUCACCGGUCUCUGGUCCUUGGCCAUCAUCUCCUGGGAGAGGUGGAUGGUGGUCUGCAAGCCCUUUGGCAACGUCAGAUUUGAUGCCAAGUUGGCCAUCGCGGGCAUCGCCUUCUCCUGGAUCUGGGCUGCUGUGUGGACGGCUCCACCCAUCUUUGGUUGGAGUAGGUACUGGCCCCAUGGCCUGAAGACUUCCUGUGGCCCCGAUGUGUUCAGUGGCAGCUCCUACCCGGGGGUGCAGUCGUACAUGAUCGUUCUCGUGAUCACGUGUUGCUUCAUCCCGCUCAGCGUCAUCGUGCUCUGCUACCUGCAAGUGUGGCUGGCUAUCCGAACGGUGGCGAAGCAGCAGAAAGAAUCUGAGUCCACCCAGAAGGCGGAGAAGGAAGUAACCCGCAUGGUGAUGGUGAUGAUCUUAGCCUUCUGUCUCUGCUGGGGGCCCUACACCUUCUUUGCCUGCUUCGCCGCUGCACACCCCGGCUACGCCUUCCACCCUCUGGUGGCCGCCCUGCCAGCCUACUUUGCCAAAAGUGCCACUAUCUACAACCCCAUUAUCUAUGUCUUCAUGAACCGCCAGUUUCGAAACUGCAUCUUGCAACUUUUUGGGAAGAAGGUGGAUGACAGCUCUGAACUCUCCAGUGUUUCCAAAACAGAGGCGUCAUCCGUCUCUUCAGUGUCACCUGCAUGAGUCUCUGCCAGCCCCGAAAAUGAAAACGCCUGCCUCCCACCCAAAAAUGGAAAACAGAACCUGUCCCUACCUCCAGGGUUUUGGCCCGCAUCCACCCCACCUCCACACCCUUGCUUCUCCAUCCCUGUGAAAUAAUCGUAGUUUCUCUUUGCCAAAAACAACCAUGUCACAGGGGCUGCCACUGUCAUUUGGGGGCAACCGAGCCUCUGGGCAUUGGGUCACUGGGUCAUGGGAUGGCACGCAGGGUAGAGAGGGGAACAGUACUCCAGAGAUGUCCAUCUUUUAUAAGCCUCCUGUCUGCAGGUGGGAAAGAGAAGCGUGAAGCAGGUGGGCAUCACUGGGCUGCCAGGGAUGGACCAGGAAAGGCAGAGCUGAGCAGUGGCCGUCUUGAGAGGUGGGAGGAACUAGCAAAGUUGGCCCUUUAAGGCCCCUUGGGUGGAGGCCAAGAGGCCCUGGCAAACCGUCUCCACCUGGAGGGGACCCAAGCCUGCCAGUCUCAGGCAGGGAUGGCGUGCCACUUCUGCCAGGCCAGGGUGCUGAGCCCAAGGAGCAGGAGCACAGUGCAGGCAUGCAGGCGCAAGUGCAGCAGCAGCAGGGGGCAGGCACAAGUGCCAGACAGCAGGACCAGGAGCACCAUGGCCAGCGUCAGCAGCAGGCUCGUCAAGUGGCACAGGAUGUCCUGGGGCCAGCUCUGUGGGUGCUCCGUCAGCCCCAGCUGGGUCACCUGCUGCAGAGCCUCGAGCUUGCCCACGCGGUUCUUAAAGGUCUCCAUGACCUCCUGCAGGAGGAAGACAGUGAAGCUGGGACCCCGUGUCCCCGCUGCCCAGGGGCCAGAGAGUCGCAGAUUGUGCCCGAGUUCCCAGAUUGGCUAAGCUGGCCCCGGCCCUGGGGGAGGGCAGCAUGAUCAUAAAGACUGGGUACCUCAGGGGCACAGUGCCAGGCACGAUCCCUUCCCUGGGCUCCAGGGGUGUCAGAGCAGACUCCCUCAUCUUCUGCUGGCCUGGUCCCUAUCACCGCCUCCUUAUCAGCCAUUUCUCACAAAGGUCCCCCAGGGCUGCUCACCCAGAUCUCUUUGGCUCUCUCAUAGGACAGGUAGACCAUUCUCUCCUCAGUGCAGGCCAGGUUCUGUUUGAGGUGGUAAAUCUCAUCCAGGUGCCCCUGCAGGUGCCCAUUCACCUGUCCUUCCAGCAGCACUUGUCUUGGGAGCAAAACAGACAGUGACAGGCCCUGAGCGACCCUGCUCAAAGCUUGUGUGGGGCUGAGCGGUCCUCCGCCAACACUAGAUGUGGCUUCAGAACACGCCUUCCUCCUCUCUCCUCAAGCUGCAGUCGAACCCUGCCUCCUCCUCUAGGUCGGUCUCAGAACACCCCAGAUGCACAUCAGCCAGCCACACACACACACACACCCCUCCCCGGAUAUUCAUGAAUCUUUUAUAUAUAUAGUCACUCUUUUGUAACGGCUUUACAAAAAUAGCAAUAUAUGAGUAGAAAUCGAGAUCUAAACUGCCCAUGUAUGCCAUUAAAUUCCAUAUAUGUGUGUAUAUAUAUAUAUAUAUAUAUAUAUAUAUAUAUAUAUCUCCCCACUCCAGUGUUUCGUGUGCAGUAGCUCUUCCCUAAAAAUCAUCUGUUGAUUAUCAGGAUGGAACAGUCACAAAAAUCCACAUAACUGUUUGAUUCCAUGGAUAGGAAAUGUUUAGCAUAAGCCAAUCCAUAAAGACAGAAGCAAAUUUGUGGUUGCUGGAGGCUGGGGGAGAGAGGAGGUGGGGAGUGACUGCUAGCGGGGAUGGAGUUUCUGCUAGGAGGGAUGACAGGGUCCCGGACUGAGACAGUGUUGACUACAACACGGCUCUGUGAAUACGAUAAAAACACUGAAUAUGACAAAAACACUUUAAAUGGGUGAAUUGUAUGGGAUGUCAAUUAUAUCUCAAUAAAGCUGUUAUUAAAACAGAAACCAAAAUUGGAUUGUGGUAAUGGUUACACAACUCGGUAAAUUUACUAAAGCUCAUUGAAACAUACAGUUAAAAUGGUACAUUUUAUAGCAUGUAAGUAAUAUCUCA